AUGGCGAGCCGGGCGGCGGUGAGCGCAGAGCGCAGCCCUGACCGGCCCCGAGCCCGGGCCGCGGCCGCCGCCCCCGCAGGGGCCGCGCUCCCCCGCUCCCGCUCCGGCCCGCGCCCUCCCCGCCCCGGCGCCGCCUCCUCCCCUAUGCCUCCGCUCCUCCUGCUCCUGCUCGUCCUGCUCCUGCUGCUCGAGGACGCCCGAGCUCAGCAAGGUGAUGGAUGUGGACACACUGUACUAGGCCCUGAAAGUGGAACCCUUAUGUCCAUAAACUACCCACAGACCUAUCCCAACAGCACCGUUUGUGAAUGGGAGAUUCGUGUAAAGAUGGGAGAAAGAUUGCGCAUCAAAUUUGGUGACUUUGACAUUGAAGAUUCUGAUUCUUGUCACUUAAAUUACUUGAGAAUUUAUAAUGGAAUUGGAGUUAGCAGAACUGAAAUAGGCAAAUACUGUGGUCAGGGAUUGCAGAUGAACCAUUCAAUUGAAUCAAAAAGCAAUGAAAUGACAGUGCUGUUCAUGAGUGGAAUCCAUGUUUCUGGACGAGGAUUUUUGGCUUCAUACUCAGUUAUAGAUAAACAAGAUUUAAUUACUUGUUUAGACACUGCAUCCAGCUUUUUGGAGCCCGAGUUCAGUAAGUACUGCCCCGCUGGUUGUCUGCUUCCUUUUGCUGAGAUAUCUGGCACAGUCCCUCAUGGAUAUAGAGAUUCCUCGCCAUUGUGCAUGGCUGGCGUGCAUGCAGGAGUGGUGUCCAACACCCUGGGUGGCCAGAUCAGUGUUGUAAUUAGUAAAGGUAUCCCGUACUAUGAAAGUUCUUUGGCUAACAACGUCACGUCUGUGGUGGGACACUUAUCUACAAGUCUUUUCACAUUUAAGACGAGUGGUUGUUAUGGAACUCUGGGCAUGGAAUCUGGUGUGAUUGCCGAUCCUCAGAUAACAGCUUCGUCUGUGCUGGAGUGGACGGACCACACGGGGCAGGAGAACAGCUGGAGGCCGGAAAAGGCCAGGCUGAAGAGACCGGGGCCGCCCUGGGCUGCCUUUGCCACUGAUGAGUAUCAGUGGUUGCAAAUAGAUCUCAACAAGGAGAAGAAGAUAACAGGCAUUGUGACCACUGGCUCCACCAUGGUGGAGCAUAACUACUAUGUGUCAGCCUACAGAAUUCUAUACAGUGAUGAUGGGCAGAGGUGGACUGUGUACAGAGAACCUGGUGUGGAGCAGGAUAAGAUAUUUCAAGGAAACAAAGAUUAUCACCAGGAUGUGCGUAAUAACUUUUUGCCACCAAUUAUUGCACGUUUUAUUAGAGUGAAUCCUACCCAAUGGCAGCAGAAAAUUGCCAUGAAAGUGGAGCUGCUGGGAUGCCAGUUUAUUCUUAAAGGUCGUCCUCCAAAACUUACCCAACCUCCACCUCCUCGGAACAGCAAUGACCUCAAAAACACUACAGCCCCUCCAAAAAUAGCCAAAGGUCGCGGCCCCAAAUUUACUCAACCACUACAACCUCGCAGUCACAAUGAAUUUCCUGCACAGACAGAACAAACAACUGCCACUCCCGAUAUCAAAAACACUACCGUAACUCCAGAUGUCACCAAAGAUGUAGCCUUGGCUGCAGUGCUUGUCCCUGUGCUGGUCAUGGUCCUCACCACUCUCAUUCUCAUAUUAGUGUGUGCUUGGCAUUGGAGAAACAGAAAGAAAAAAACUGAAGGCACUUAUGAUUUACCUUACUGGGACCGGGCAGGUUGGUGGAAAGGAAUGAAGCAGUUUCUCCCGGCCAAGUCCGUGGAGCAUGAGGAAACCCCCGUUCGCUACAGCAGCAGUGAAGUCAAUCACCUGAGCGCGAGAGAGGUCACCACAAUGCUGCAAACGGACUCUGCAGAGUAUGCCCAGCCGCUCGUGGGAGGAAUUGUUGGCACACUUCAUCAGAGGUCUACCUUCAAACCAGAGGAAGGAAAAGAAACCGGCUACGCUGACCUAGAUCCUUACAACUCCCCGAUGCAAGAAGUGUAUCACGCCUACGCUGAACCACUCCCAAUUACGGGGCCCGAGUAUGCAACCCCCAUUGUCAUGGAUAUAUCGGGGCACACCCCAGCUCCAGUUGGUCUGCCUUCAACAUCCACUUUCAAAGCCACAGGGAACCAGCCGCCGCCUCUGGUGGGAACGUACAACACCCUUCUCGCCAGGACUGACAGCUGCUCCUCGGCCCGAGCCCAGUAUGAUACCCCGAAAGGGGGGAAGCCAGGUCCCAAUUCGCCAGAGGAAUUGGUGUACCAGGUGCCACAGAGCACACAGGAGGUAUCAGGAACAGGGAGGGAUGGCGACAGUGAUGUUUUUAAAGAAAUUCUUUGA